AUGCCAUUUCCUGUAGAUAUAGAUGAAGCUGAGAGAUUGAAUCGAAUGGUUGCAGAAGAAACGAUGAAUUUUGAUGUUGAAGGAGGCCUUGCUUGUGUGACAAUGUUAAAUAAAGAACAACAAAUUGCAUACAAUACAAUAAUAGAAAAAGUAAAAACUGAAUCAAGUGGUGUUUUUUCAUUGAUGGUCCGGGGGGACAGGGAAGAAUUUUUUAUACAAAGCACUUUUAGCUGGCGUAAAAUCUCAAAAUUUAAUAUAGCGUCAUCUGGAGUAUCUGCAUCUCUUUUACCCGGAGGUCGAACAGCUCAUUUGAGAUUUAAAAUUCCUCUAGAAAUAGUUGGUAAAGUUAGCUGUUCUAUUAGUAAACAAUCGGCUUUGGGAACUUUAUUAAAAAUGUGUAAACUAAUAAUUUGGGAUGAAGCACCCAUGGUAAAUCAUCGUGCUAUUGAAGCUGUAGAGAACAUGCUUAGAGAUGUUACUGAUUGUGACUUGCCUUUUGGUGGGAAAGUCAUAAUUCUUGGAGGAGAUUUUCGACAGGUUCUACCAGUAGUACCAAGAGGGAAAAAAGAAGACAUAAUGAAAGCUAACUUAGUUUUCUCAGAUAUAUGGCCUUUAUAUUUACAACUACCUUUAGUUAAAAAUAUGAGAGCAAAAUUAAAUCCUAUCUUUUGCGAUUACUUACUUAGAAUUGGAGAUAGGACAGAAAAAGAACAUAAAGCAUAUACUGAUCAUUUACAUGACAUGAUGAACAUAGUUAUUCUUACUCCUAAAAAUGAAUGUGUUGAUUAUAUUAACAAAAUUUUGCUCGAUCAAAUUCCUGGUGAAAUUUUUACAUACUAUAGUUUUGAUGAAGCAAUUGACAAAUCAGAACAAAGCUUGCAGGAAUAUUUUUUGAAUAGUUUGACACCAAAUGGUAUUCCACCACAUGAAUUGAAACUUAAGGUAAAUUGUCGAGUAAUAUUAUUGCGGAAUAUCAAUCAUUCUGAAGGUUUAUGCAAUGGGACACGCCUUACUUGUAGAAAAUUUAAUAGAAAUGUAAUUUUGGCUGAAAUCACAAUUGGUGAAUAUCGUAGAAAAUAUGUGUUUUUACCAAGGAUUCCUUUUGUGACAUCACUGAUUGCGGGUAAUAGAGCUUAUGAAAAAGACGUCGAGGCAUUUUUCAAAUUUGUGAGUAUAAGAGAUGAAAAUGUUGCAACUCCUAAAAGAAUUCCAUCCACAAAAGUUUUGUUUUGUAGAGUUUUGAGAAUAAUUCAUUCUGAGAAGAAAAGUAUAAAUUUUGUGUGUGGAUUUAGAGGAUUAUGCUUUAUUAUAUUUCGAGUGACAUCACUUGCUGCGGAAUGUAAUAGAGUUUAUGAAGAAAACAUACUGUUGUGCAGCCUACUAAUUGCUUAA